AUGGGCAAUCAUAUGGGAAAACAUGGCGGAAAGAGGGAAAUGCCCCAACAUGCCGCCCCAAAAGCCGCUAGGAAGAUGGGGAAACCAGGACGAGGGCUGGAUGCUUUUAACAGACUUCCUCAGAGUAAGGAUAUUUGAUACAGACAUGUCUUAAAAUUACAGUAACCCCUCGACGUCAAUGCCUUCUUCGUCUCCUCAAACAGAACAGAGUUCACGACUUUCUGUUGAUGGAACAAGAGUUCAUUCAACGUCAGAAUGCCUUCAAACCAAUGGAUUCUCAACGCAAGAAUGAGAGGAAAUUGGUUCAGAGCCUGAGAGGAACUCCCACUGCCUUGGCCAGAAUCCAUGAACUCUUCAAUGAUGAGCAAGUAAGAGAAAAACCUUGCUCCGUUAUGUCAUCAUCAACCCUCGCUUUCUUUAACAUUUUCUUUUAGCAUGCUGUGGUUGUGGUGGAAGGUAGCAAGAGAGAAUGGUACAUCCCGAUCCUCUCGAUUGUGGACAAAGAAUUGAUCCGUCUGAAUGCCCUCUGUCUGGUAAAAGCCGGUGGUGCCUUCAAAAACGUUCCUCUGGCUGUGGUUGGAGUGGUCCAGGACAACGUCGACUCCAAAGCUCUCACAUACAAGUUGGAGAAGGCUCCGAAAGAAUCUUUUGAUGACAUUGGAGGUCUCGAUACUCAGAUACAGGAGAUAAAAGAGUCGGUCGAACUUCCUCUGACCCAUCCAGAGUACUACGAAGAGAUGGGGAUCACAGCCCCGAAGGGAGUCAUCUUGUAUGGGGAGCCUGGAACCGGGAAAACACUUCUGGCCAGGGCUGUAGCCCACAGUACCUCGGCCACUUUCCUCAGAGCGACCGGCUCCGAUCUGGUUCAAAAAAGCUCGGGAGAAGGGGCCAGAUUAGUGAGAGAUCUUUUCAAAAUGGCCAAAGAAUGUGCUCCUUGUAUUGUCUUUAUCGAUGAAGUAGAUGCGGUUGGAACCAAGAGAUUUGACACUUCCAGUAAAGGAGAACAAGAGGUUCAGAGAACAAUGUUGGAACUCUUGAAUCAGCUGGAUGGAUUCGAGAGUAGAGGGGAUGUCAAAGUAGGAGAAAUGCAGAUGAACUAUUUUUGCAGGUUAUCAUGGCUACCAACCGCAUCGAUUCAUUGGACCCAGCUUUGAUAAGACCUGGCCGAAUUGACCGCAAAAUUGAGUUACCGAAACCGGACGAGAAGACCAAGAUGAAGAUUUUCCAGAUUCAUUCGGCGGGCAUGACUUUGGAAAAGAACAUCAAAUUCGAAAAAAUUAUCGCAAAGGAGAGAGAGCUUUCGGGAGCUGAUGUCAAGGUAGUUUCUUACAGUAGUUAUUAGACAGAAAUAGUUGACUCAUAGUUAAGAAAGAAAACACUUGACUCGGAAAGUCUCAAGUGUUUCUCUGAGACUUUUCUUACCGAAAUCCAAGUCAAGUGCCAACCCACAUUAAGCACGGCUAUGUUUAAUCCUAUAAAUCCUUAGCCGAACAAAUAAUACCGAAUUUGUGAUGUAAUUGCCUUCUUUGUCUUCAGGCCAUCUGCACCGAGGCUGGUAUGCUGGCCCUGAGAGCGCAACGAAAAAUGGUUUCGGUGACUGAUUUCGAAAAGGCUGUCAAGAGUGUCCUCAUGAAGCGACAGGCUGGAGUUCCCGAUGAAAUGUAUCUCUGA